AUGCGAAACAAGCCUGAAGAACGACAGCGAGUCCUCAUUUCAACCCACUGCAAUGACGCCCUCGAGAGCGUCGACAACCGCCUCAAGCAAGUCUUUCACACAGUGACGGCCCUGCAGCGUGAUGUACAGCGCCAACCGGGUCUUGGCUUUUAUACGUACGAAAAGGGAUUGGCUUUCACUUUUGGCCGGGCUUCGUCUAUUCCUUACUACGACGUGCCGACCGAGCGUCCCAGACAUCCAGAUGGCAUGCCUGGUAUCCCUGGCCGAACCUACACGGCGAUGCUCGAGCUAGCCAUGCUGGCGGGUGAGAACCAACCUCAGCUAUUCUCGGCUGCUGCUGAACCAACUCCCGCUGGACGCUCGACGGCGGAACACUACGCCAUGGAGGAGCUUGAUGGCUUCAAGAAGAAUGUCAACCGCGCGACGACGCAGGUCAUGAUGAAGACGGGCCAUGUGGAGCGAACAAACGAUCGUGAUUACGAGGUCGAAGAGAGACGAUUCAAGACCAUGGAGGCUGCUGCCAUGAGGCUACAGAAGGAGUCCAAAGGCUACCUCGACUCGCUACGAGCCAUGACUGCUUCCCAGAUGCGAAUUGCCGAGACGAUAGACGCCUUUUACGGAGACUCUGGCGCGAGAGAUGGCGUCAGCAGGAGUUACAAGCAGGCCGUGGAGGAUCUCGACGCCGAGACGAUCAAGUCACUAGACGGCCCAUACCAAACGACUGUCUUGCAACCCAUCUCCCGAUUCUGUGCUUACUUCCCCGACGUCAACGAAUGCAUCAAGAAGCGCGGCCACAAGCUGCUCGACUACGACUCGUUGCGCGCAAAGGUGAAGAAGCUCGCCGAGAAGCCGGACAAGGACGUGACCAAGCUGCCGCGCGCCGAGAAGGAGAUGGAAAUGGCCAAGGCGGCUUACGAGCAGCUCAACGAGCAGCUCUCGACCGAGCUGCCGCAGCUCAUCGACCUCCGCGUCCCCUAUCUUGACCCGAGCUUCGAGGCCCUCGUCAAGAUUCAGCUGCGCUUCUGCGCCGAGGCUUACAGCCGCAUGGCCCAGGUGCAGCAGUACCUCGACGCCGACACGCGGGAGCAGUACGCGCAAGGCCACCUCGACGCAAGGGUCGAGCAGGUCCUGCAGGAGAUUCGCGAGCUGAGCAUCGGCGGGACGGUCUAA